AUGAGGCAAUACACGGAACUUUGGAAAGCGGUCAUUCGACCUCCACGCGAUCAUUAUGAGAUCAAGGACCUGGGGCCACCAGUUUUCAGCAUUGAGAGCAAAACUUUCCAGCGGACAGACAUCUCUUUGAAGAACUUUCGCGGCUUGACGAUCGUGUGCAGCCAUUUCGAGCCCAUCAGCAGGGAACGGCCAGCGGGAAAGCUUCCGUGCGUGGUUUAUCUCCAUGGGAACUGCAGCAGCCGGCUCGAGGCGGUGAGCACGUUACCGGCGCUCUUGCCCUUCAACAUUACCGUCUUUUGCUUUGAUUUCGCCGGUUCCGGUUUGUCUGAUGGCGAGUACCUCAGUCUUGGCUACUACGAGAGAGACGACCUUGCAGUCGUCAUAGAUCACCUCCGGGAAUCCAACCGGGUGUCCUGCAUAGGCCUGUGGGGCAGGUCGAUGGGUGCUUCUACGGCUUUGCUUCAUGCAGAUCGUGUGGCACUCGCAAACUCGCAAGCUGUCCUCUGCGAGGAAUUGGUGGAUGGCUACACGAACAGCCGGGUUCCAAGGGGGGUCAUCGGCAUCGCUCUUCAACUGGUGCGCAAUUCCAUUAGUGCACAUGCCGAUUUUGACAUCUACGACCUUGCGCCUGUCCAGCAUGUCUCGAAGUCUUUCAUCCCCGCGCUGUUCACGGCCGCGUACAAUGACCAUUUCAUCAAGCCUCACCACGCCAGGGAGCUGCAUUCUGCCUAUGCUGGUGACAAGAACUUCAUCAUGGUGGAGGGGGACCACAACUCGGCGCGGUCCAAGUUCUUCAUGGACUCAGUCUCCAUCUUUUUCUACAACACACUGCAGGUUAUCACAGCAUGUCAGUAUGGUUGUGGCACAAUAGUUGAAUCUUGGCAGUGUGAUGCUUUGGUAGUGGACGUGCAGAGUGAGGCCGAGGGAUGUCAAGGGCCUGAAACCCUCAAAGUCUGCGAACAUGCUGAUAUUACUUCAGCAGGCAGGCGCAACUGCAGGGAUCCUCGCGGAUUCUGCGCGCAGGUGGGUCUUUUCUGA